GAGGGACGGUGAUGCGUUUGGCCUCUCGGCACCUGGGUUCCCAUGGCUUCAGCACCGAGAUAUUUGUGAGCAGGUUAUCAUUUUACACAACGGAGGAAGAAUUUAAAAAGGUCUUCUCACCAUUUGGCGCCAUUGAGGAAGUUCGGUUAGUGAGAGACAACCAAACUGGAAGGCUGAAGGGAUUUGGUUUUGUAAGAUAUUCAUCACAAGAGGAGGCACAGAAAGCUAUCAAGGCAAUGGAUGGAAGGAUUCUACGCGGCAGACUGAUUUUUGCAGAGAUGGCAAAGGAACACGGCACCGGAUAGUCAAUAGGUCAGAUUUUUAUUUGCACCGUUGCUGAACUACAUGUGUCUUUGGGCCGAACCGCCGAAGGCACUUCUCUCUUUGCAUCUUGCUAUCAAGAACAGGACCGAAUAGUGACGGCAUGCCUAGCAUGUUAUCCAAACAGCCAUCUGUUUUUUUGUUGUUGUUGCUAGAAGCAGUUAUGUUUCAUGAACAUAUUCAUUUGCUACAAAGCGGAACUGUGUAAGCUAAAUUUGUUUGUGUUGGUACUUAAAUUCAGCACGCCGGAGUAAUGUGAACUGAAGUACGGUUAUUACAGUCAAA